UGCAGGGGAGGGGGGAGAGGUUAAAAAAAAAGAAGAAGAAGGAGGGAAGAAAGAAAGAGCGCAGCAGGGGUAGAGGGAGCGGACGGGAAGCGAAUUUUGCCGACUCCGGACGCGUCCCCGGUGUGCGCAGGAAUGGCUGCCCUGCCCGGCGCGGUCCCGAGGAUGAUGCGGCCGGCUCCGGGGCAGAGCUACCCGCGCACGGGAUUUCCCCUGGAAGUGUCCACCCCGCUGGGCCAAGGCCGGGUCAAUCAGCUCGGUGGGGUCUUCAUCAACGGGCGACCCCUGCCUAACCACAUCCGCCACAAGAUCGUGGAGAUGGCCCACCACGGCAUCCGGCCCUGUGUCAUCUCCCGCCAGCUGCGCGUCUCCCACGGCUGUGUCUCCAAGAUCUUGUGCCGCUACCAGGAGACCGGCUCCAUCCGGCCGGGGGCCAUCGGCGGCAGCAAACCCAGACAGGUGGCGACCCCGGAUGUGGAGAAAAAGAUUGAGGAGUACAAACGGGAAAACCCGGGCAUGUUCAGCUGGGAGAUCCGGGACCGGCUGCUGAAGGACGGGCACUGCGACCGCAGCACCGUGCCCUCAGGUUUAGUGAGUUCGAUUAGCCGUGUGCUCAGAAUCAAGUUCGGGAAGAAAGAGGAGGAAGAUGAGGCCGACAAGAAGGAGGAGGACGGUGAGAAGAAGGCUAAACACAGCAUUGACGGCAUCCUGGGCGACAAAGGGAACCGGCUGGACGAGGGCUCAGACGUGGAGUCGGAACCCGACCUCCCACUGAAGCGCAAGCAGCGCCGGAGCCGGACCACGUUCACGGCCGAGCAGCUGGAGGAGCUGGAGAAGGCCUUCGAGCGGACGCACUACCCCGACAUCUACACCCGCGAGGAGCUGGCGCAGAGGACCAAGCUGACUGAGGCGCGCGUCCAGGUCUGGUUCAGUAACCGCCGCGCCCGCUGGCGUAAGCAGGCAGGAGCCAACCAGCUGGCCGCCUUCAACCACCUUCUGCCAGGAGGCUUCCCCGCCAGCGGCAUGCCCACGCUGCCGCCCUACCAGCUGCCGGACUCUGCCUACCCCACCUCCACCAUCUCCCAGGACGGGGGCAGCACGGUGCACCGGCCCCAGCCUCUGCCGCCGUCCACCAUGCACCAGGGGGGGCUGGCUGCAGCUGCUGCAGCCGCCGACAGCAGCUCUGCCUACGGAGCCCGCCACAGCUUCUCCAGCUACUCCGACAGCUUCAUGAACCCGGCGGCGCCCUCCAACCACAUGAACCCCGUCAGCAACGGCCUGUCUCCCCAGGUGAUGAGCAUCCUGAGCAACCCCGGCGCGGUGGCCCCGCAGCCGCAGGCCGACUUCUCCCUGUCCCCGCUGCACGGCGGCCUGGACUCGGCCACCUCCAUCUCGGCCAGCUGCAGCCAGCGGGCGGACUCCAUCAAGCCGGGAGACAGCCUACCCACCUCCCAGUCCUACUGCCCGCCCACCUACAGCACCACCGGCUACAGCGUGGACCCCGUGGCUGGCUACCAGUACGGCCAGUACGGCCAGACUGCUGUUGACUACCUGGCCAAAAACGUGAGUCUGUCCACACAGCGCCGCAUGAAGCUGGGGGAGCACUCCGCCGUGCUGGGACUGCUGCCUGUGGAGACCGGCCAAGCCUACUAGGGCCCGGGCAACCUGCCCCCCGCCCAGCCCCGCCCAGCCCCCUCCCCGCUUCAGCCCGCUCCUGCCCCUGGUGUCUCAGGAGGCCACAAGGGGAGCCCAGUCCCUUCUCAUCGCCGGCCCCUGGAGGUGCACAGCCCGUGUGUGUUCCCCUGCGCUUCCGGACCCAGAGUGACCCCCUUGGUUUCUCCCUCUCAGCCCCCGCCCUGCACUCUCCCCAGAGGGUGUGGCCAGCCCAUGGUGCUCUCGCCGUGCAGCCUGUCCUGGGCUCCGGGCCACCUCUGGCUCACCCUGAACAGGCUCCCAGAGGAGAAGGAUGGUGCCUGAGACUCGGGCCGGGGUGCAGGGGGUGCCCUGGCGGACGUGGAGAAUAAGGCCCCAGGGCCGCUCUCAGCUGCAGGUGCUGGGGGCCGGCCCUCCCAGGUGGGUCAGUGGCCCAGUGUCGGCAGCACAGCCUUUGCCGCCUCUGCGCACUGGGGCUCCAGCAGAGGGGGUACCCGGCCCUGGGCUCUUCCCGGGGAGUAAGCGAGGCAACAGUCUGGCCUCCACGCAGGGAUCAGGAGGGCUUCAGGACCUUCCCCACACACCCCUGCUGGGUAGGGGGAGACACAGCCCAGGCAGGAAGAGGCUCUGUCAGGGAGCGGGGCCACAUGGGGUGGGGGCAGGGCUGGUUAGCCCCAAAGCAGACACCUGGAAGCCGAGGACUCUGCCUGAAGCCCCACCUCCAACUUGUCUACUCCACGUGGGGCCUGGACCUGCAGAACCUGCCGGCUUCCUUGGGGAAGGGGGCCCGGGUGAGAGGAGGCUCAGGAUGGACCCUGCAUACCCAGGACCCCUCUGCUUGGGGGUGCGAGCCUUGGUUGGCUAAGGUGGCAGCUCGCAGCCUUCAGAUCCACAGCCCAUGGAGCUGAGAUUCUGCCCAAAGCCUCCGGCAGAGCCCCCAGCCCCGCCCACACAUGCCUGAUCUCAGAAGGGGCUCCCUGGGGGCUGCAAAGACCUUUGGAGCUGGGCUCCUGCACCCAGCAGGGGUCCCCCCCCCCACUUACCCACAGAUAAGACCUCCCAGUCCCCUCGCAUCAGGGCAUGUGGCUGUCUUCGCAGAGUGGCACGGUUCAGUGUUGACGCACGCCCAGCCCGUGACGCAGCACAGCUGAGCUGAGGUCCGGUCCGUGUGGCCGCUUUGCAAGGCACCACCCCCUGCAGAGGGAGAUACCAAAGGUUCCAGAGACGAGGGAGAAGCACCCUCCUUCACCACUCAAGCUCCAUUCUCUUGAAGAGCUGGGCCCUUCGGGGGCCCUCCAAGCCCCUGUUCACUCCUCCCACGAGGCUUCUCGCCACCUUUGUCUAGUUGCCAGCGUCGUGUGCGUCUUCCCUGUCAGCAUCGUUGUCUGUUCUGCCCUUGGCUCACCUUUGUCAAGUGCUGCUGGAGGGCAGGGCACCCGCCUUGUGCACCCGGCACCUGUGAUGUGCACACGGCACUGAAUGCAUAAACAUUGGACCCGAUUGUCCCCACCUGGGCGCGAGAAGCCAGCCCUAUGCUCAGUCCAUGUCUCUUGUCCCCACCCAGCACAGCGCCCCCCAGAGGGGAGGGCUGUUGCCUCAGUGUCUCCCGAGGUCUCCAGGAAGGCUGGACGGGCAGGACCCGAAGUCGCUUGUCUGCGUGGACAUCACCGCUGUGACAAAUGCUCACCUGCUUCUCGUCCUCGGCUGUCCUGGGCGUGGCCACAGCAGCUCAGAUCUCUGAGAAGAGCCUGGUCAAGUGAGUGGGGGCCGGACAGACUGUGGUCGCAGUGGACACCCAGACGCCUGUGGCCCGUCAGGGUCAGCCGAGGCUUCAGCUGGGGCUCCAGCUCCAGGAACCCCGGUUCUCCAAGCUCCGGACGAGAGAAAAGGCGUGGUGAGCUCCUCCCGACGACCAACCACUUCAUCCGCAUUCCUGGAAUGGUGCAUCUGUCCCUGGAGGCCUUCUCAGGACGUGUCUGAGGAGCAGGGAUCUCAGGUGACAUCAGGACCAUGCAGCCCGACCCCUGACUCCCCCCAGAAGGUGGCAUUCCAACGCUAGGACCAACGCCGAGUGUCUAUCCCCUAGGGAGAAAUGGACCCCACACCUGCCUGGGCGUAUCCAGACGGCUUCACCCGGCACCUCUGAGCCCGUCCCAGGCCACGGUCUCAGUAGGACUGAGGAGCCCCGCCCUCCUCAGCAGGAUGCCCUUGACCCGGACAGGUUGUCCCUAAAACCUUCCGUAUUGAUGUGUGUGACCGGCUCUGUCCAUGAAGCUCCACCUUGAGCCGGCAGUUUCACCAGCGACGACGCUGGACGAGUGGCUCCAGGCCUCCAUCUCAGUGGGGGCUGGGGGCCACAGUCGGAAACAGAAGGCCUGGCCACCCCAGAAGCCAGCCUCAGCCACCCCUGUACAUAGAGUCCAUAGCAGAUAAGAGAUGUUCCCUUCAACUGAUCGCCCGUAGCUGUCGGUCCUGCUCGCGGCGGGGGCGAGGGGGGCGGGGCCUCUGCCGAGUUCAUUGUACAUUAGUUGGAAAUGUGGUGACGUGCUGUUUGUUUAUAGGAAGUGGACUUUUUUAUACAUAUAUAAAUAUAUAUACACACACACGCUACAACAGGAAAGCCUGCGGUGUGUGUCGUGUUAGUGCCAGGGACCACCUGUAGGGACCUCUCUGCGUAUCGUGCGUUUCAGAGUAUACAUUCCUGGCUCGGCCGGGUCCCUCCGGUCUUGUCGCUUUGUGUCUCCAUUCGGCGUGUCGCUUCCUCCUGCCGUGACGAAGAGCCUCGGGGUGAGGCGUGGGAGCACUUGCUCUUCUACACCUGGCGGACCGUGGCUGUGCCUUGGCCAGAGGAACGAGCAAGAGAAGAAGAGGGGCGGGGAGGAGGCGAGAGCGAGCGAGGCCCGAGUGGAGCUCAGGUCGGGCUCCUGACUGUGGCCGCCCCGCCCAAAUCCAGGCAGCUGGGGAGACCUGGACUGUGGAUCCUGGGGCUCCAUGAAACUCCACGGUUGUCACUGGGGCCUCUCAGGUCAAUGCUGCCACCAAACCCCCCCAAUGUGUCCUUCUGAACUGAGUGCUUUUGGGGGCACGCAGGUCUCGCCUCCCUCCCCUUGCAAAAUGGGAAGCAGCGAAUGGGGUCCACCAGCCGCCAUCUCGAGACGCUUCCAGACCCCCACGUAUCUGAUGCUUCUUCUGUUGAUUCGGACGCAGCCCCGCCCUGCCUGGGGAAUGGCCACAGAGUUCUCUCUAGAUCAUUCCUUCCUUGUAACUACCACGUUGCUGCUUCCGCGUUUUCCAGCCAUUUUCCUCCCCACGGAAGCGAGUGUGUGUGCGUGUGAGUGGGGUGCGUGCGUGGGUGCGUGCGUGGGUGUGUGUUUAAAUAUAAUCGCACCAUAAUUUAUUCAGCUAUAUGGAGUAGUACACUAGGAAGAGAAACUGGUAUUUGCUUUAACUACCUGCUGCUUGUACGUGCUUCCUCUGUAACUCAGGCGUAACUGUUACACAUUAAAAGAAAUUAAAAGCAUUUGCAAGUUU